UAUGCUGAUCUUCUAUAUACUGAAGUUGUAUCUACAGCAGAGACGGGUAUUUGUUGUAUUGUAAUUUCUUUUAUUCGGAAUUAAAACUUGGGGCAAUAUGGUGAAGGAUUAAAUAUUUGUGAGACGAUACUGCCCUUGUCUGUGAAAUAUUUUUAAUUUUAAUUAUUCGCUUUACGAAGAAUUUUAGUUAAAGAUUCGAAAGGUUGGAUAAUGGCGCUCACGCAGACGCUGUACGAAGAGUUUAUCUUGUUAUUACUUGUCUGGAUUAUGUUACUAUCAACAUUUCUGAGGAUUAUGUUUUUAUGUAUUUAAUUUUUUUUUUUUUAUUUGUAUAUAUAUGGAUGUAGGACGGGUGUAAUUAUUUUUUGGGCUGGACUGGAUUAAGUUUAUGACGUAACGGAUUAUUGAGAAUUUUUUUUUAGAUAUUUGUUUUGUCGGGUGGACAAUAUCUGUGAAAGGUCAAAUGUUUGUUAUCAGUUAUUUGUAAUUUUUGUUUUAAUCGUUUUUAUUUGAUAGGUUAUCGAUUGUUUUUUUUUAAUACUUUUUGAUAAAAAAAAUUUAUUGUUUUUGGAUGAUUCAGUAAUGGCUGACACGCGACGCCAUUUUGUAGAACGCUUUCGUUUAUUUUGUGGCGGCAUCUGGUUUGUGCUUUUUGAAAUGGACUAAAGAUGGCGCGUUUAUCAGUCAAUUUAUUUUACCGCGUAAAUUAGCAAUUUAAUUAUUUAUUAAUAGCAUUAUUGUGUUUAUAAAUAACAAACUAAUAUAAUAAUAUAUAAAGAUAUGGAAAGUAAAUUAAAUAAUGAGUACAAAGAACCAUCUGUCAUGUCAAAAGAUCCUGAGGAACGGAUAUUAGCGAGAAGAAUGAGAAUACAAAAGCGAUUAGAAAAAAUAAAAAAACAAGAUAAUAAAGAAGAUAAAGAGUUGGAUGCGAAAACAGAAACGGAAAAACAAAUAGAUGCAAGUGCUGAGUUAAUGCAAAAGUUAGUUGAUGAAGGCGAUGAAGUGAUUUCAAAUGUCAGAAUAGCUAAUGAAGCCCGUGAACUUCAUCGGCAAGAACAAGAUUUUGCGAUACGUAAAAUUUUACUUGAAAAACUCGAAAGUGAGCUUGCAGAUUCACUAGAUAAAUAUGACGAAAUAAAUUCAAAGUGGUCGGAAUUAUUGGAUUCGAAAGACCCACUGGAUAUUUAUGACGGUAUUCAAUCACAAAAUAAUAAAUGCCAGCAAGUUUUGGCGCAAAAAGAUGUUAUUAUUGUUGAGUUAAAAAAUGCGCUUGAAAAUGCUGAUAUUAAAUUUUCUGAUGAUCUGAAAAAUCAAGACGAAGAUAUCGAUAUAUUAAUCGAUCGAAUUGAUACUCAAAUAAAUAUAAUAUGUAAAGCAUAUCGGCGUGAGUUAGUAUUAAUAGAAGACGCAUUAAAAAAUGAACGGAGUAAAAUAUUGGAAGAUGUGACUAAGAAAUGGGAUGCGUUGUACAAAGAACGUCAGGAUAAUGAGAUCCGAGGCGUAGAACGUAGACGAGAAAUAAUGCGUGAAUAUGAAAAUGAAAUGAAUCGUGUAUUGAUUGAACAUCAAGAGCAGUAUCGUGCACAAAAGAUCUGGCUGGAAACCGAGUGUCAGAAGCUUCAACAGGAUGUUGAAAAUAUGAAGGCGCUAUGUAUGAUUAAUCUUGAGAAAUUGAAUUACAGUUAUACUGUUCUUAAAAAACGUCAAGAUGAAAAUGCAAUUAUUAAAAAUCAACAAAAACGACGAAUCAAUAAACUUCAAGAUAUCAUCACAGAAUUGAAAAAAAAUUAUGCAGAAUUGGAAAACUCGACGCGUUUAAAAAUAGAAAAAUUACAAGAUCAAAUUAUUAAAACACAAAAGAGUAUUGAAGAAUUACAAUCUAAAUCAAAUCAUUUUACUCACGUUAAUGAUAGACAAUUUAUGCAGAUUUGGGAAAUGAAUACACGUAACGCUGAUAAAUUAUUGGAUCAAAUUUUUAAAGUGGAUAAAAUUGUGUAUGAACAAAUGUUGGGAUUAGAGUGGGAGCCACCCGAGGAGAGUCUCCUAAAAAAAGAAGAUUUACCGUCAUAUCAAGAGGCCAUGCGUAUUAUUAAUAAAAGUAAUAAUGAACAAGAUUCCAUGAUCAAAUUAUGUCAACUAAAAAAAAAAGAUACGUCACCCGAACGAGUAAAUUUAGAGAGAAAAUUAUUAAAUUAUAUAAUGAAAAUGAUAUCUGAUCAAACUGGAUUUCUGAUUGAGGACAAAGUUCAUGAGCUUUUAAAAAUUCAUACACAAAAAGCUCAAAUCGUUAUUAAACUCGACCAUGUAUUCCAAGCAUUAAAUAUUACAUCUGAAGAGCAAAUUCAUUUAUUAAUUAAUUUUUUUUUGCCUUAUUCCUACUGCUCGAUAUGUUCAGAAGAUAAAACCACUGAAUCAUCAGAUGAAUUGAAUAAAAAUUUGCUAAUAGAAGAGUCAGUAGAUAAAAUAAAUCUCGAUGAUACGACAUCGAUUAUGGAUGAAAAAACAUUGCGAUUAAAAGAACAAAUUUUAAAAUUAAUUUCGUCUGACGUUAAAAAUGAUGAUAAUCAAGAUGCAGGGAGAGAUGAACUAGAAGAUAUGGAAUCAAAGCACUUGAGUGAUGUAACGAGUGUUGGUAAAAAAAGUGAAUCAGAAGAAAUGAAAUUAACUUGCGAUAAGGGCCACUUGUUGGAAAUAAAAUCUAAAAAUGUUAUAAAAGCUCUCCGUGAAUUCGUGGAAAAAUACAGCAGAGUAACGACACGUGGAUUAUCUGACAGCAAACAGGAAAAAGUUAUUCCUGAUAAUAAAAUAGUCUUGUCACGAAGUAUUUCUGAGAAAGAUAUUAUCGAGUACUGGCGACGUUAUAGAGAUAUAUUUUCAACGGAUAAAGAAAAACUUUGGGAUGCACUUAUGAUUGGAUUACAAAAAUAUCAUGAUAUUUUAAAGGACCGUCAUAAAUUGAUGGGCGAAAUUGAAGGAAUUCAGAGACAAAAUUCGGAAUUACGUCGAUUGCUUGAGAGUUGCAAAGUCAAACCUGACACUGGAUUAAUGCAACGAAAAACAAAAUCAGCGAAUCGAUUUAAUUAAUAUAUUAUAAAUUAAAAUUAAUAAAGAAAAUUAAUUUUUGCAUUUACGUUUAUUACUCAGACGGAUAUAAUAAUUACUGUCACACA